UGGCCCGAAUCGCCACCACAGAAUAUCCACAACUCCGACCUGAUCCGCGAUGCAGUCUGCCAAGAUAAAAAAGGACGAAUCAUUCCUUGGGAAGCUGGGAGGCACGUUGGCCAGAAAGAAAAAGUCUAAAGAAGUGAGUGACCUUCAGGAGGAGGGGAAGAAUGCCAUCAUCACGUCCAUGCAGCCCUCCUGUGCGGAGCUGCUCCCAGAGGACACGUUGCUAGAGGAGAAUGCUGAGAGGAGUAUACUGGAUCCCACCUCAAGAGAAAAUCCCAAAUUUAAAGACCUUCAAAAAGUUCUUAUCGACUGGGUCAACAGUGAGCUGGUGGAGGACCGGAUCAUCGUGAAGGACCUGGAGGAGGACCUCUAUGAUGGACAGGUGCUCCAGAAGUUAUUUGAGAAGCUGUCUCAGAGGAAGUUGAACGUGGCAGAGGUGACGCAGUCAGAGAUCGGCCAAAAACAGAAGCUGCAGACGGUGCUGGAGGCAGUCAAUGAUGUGCUCAGACCUGAGGGCUGGUCCGUCGAGUGGGGAGUGGACUCAAUCCAUUCCAAGAACCUUGUGGCCAUUGUGUACCUGUUGGUGACCCUGGCCAUGCACUUCCAGGCUCCUAUCAGACUCCCAGAGCAUGUGUCCGUCCAGGUGGUGGUGGUCAAGAAAAAAGAGGGACUCUUACACACCUCCCAUGUGACCAAGGAGCUCACAACAACAACAGAGAUGAUGAUGGGACGAUUUGAGAGGGAUGCUUUUGACACAUUGCUGGAUCAUGCCCCUGACAAGCUCAACGUUGUCAAGACGUCUCUCAUUACCUUUGUGAAUAAGCACCUUAACAAGCUGAAUCUGGAGGUGACAGAACUGGAGUCACAGUUUGCAGAUGGUGUGUAUCUGGUGCUGCUGAUGGGGCUUCUGGAAGACUACUUUGUUCCGCUGUAUAACUUCUACCUCACGCCGGAGAGCUAUGAGCAGAAAGUCCACAACGUGGCCUUUGCCUUUGAGCUGAUGCAGGACGGAGGUCUGAAGAAACCCAAAGCAAGGCCAGAGGAUGUUGUGAACUUGAACCUGAAGUCCACCCUGAGGGUCCUCUACAACCUCUUCACCAACUACAAGAACUCUGAGUGACGGCCCCUCAGCACAGGGAGGUGACAGGAGCCAGAUGGGCCUUCAGAUGGAGCAGAUCCUGGAGCUUUAUCCUGGAGCUUUAUCUGCGCUGUGGGCUGCUGGACGUACGCCCACAAUCAAACACACGUUUACAUCACACACACACACACACACACACACACACACACAUGCCUGAUAUUGUGUGUGCUGCUGUCAUGUUGACAGUUGGAGCUUCAGUGUUCAUUUGGAUGGGAAGUCCUAUGGAGCACCUCCACAUCUCCCCCUAGCGCUGCAUGAGUCCCAUCAGGCUGAAGGAGCACCUCCACAUCUCUCAUAUGAGUCCCAUCAGGCUGAAGGAGCACCUCCAUCAGCACCUGAGUGCCUGGCGACAUGCACAGAUAUUUAAUAUAAUGGUGUCACGCAAACGAGCCCCCUGCUUAGGAUGCCUUGGAGAAUGUAUAGUAUAUACUCUUUAAUCCCGUGAGAGAAUGUAUAGUAUUAAUACUCUUUAAUCCCGUGAGAAAAUGUCAAAAUCAAAGUCAAAGUCUGCUUUAUUGUCAAUUUCUUCACAUGUCAAGACAUACAAAGAGAUCGAAAUUACGUUUCCCACUAUCCCACGGUGGAGACAAGACAUAUUGUCUAUUGUAUAGUAUAUAUACUCUUCUGAUCCCAUGAGAAAAUGUAUACAGUAGUAUAUAUACUCUUUUGAUCCCGUGAGGGAUUGCACCGCUUGUCCAGGAAUAGGUAUAGAUCUGACCACGCCUGCCCUUACGAACUGAAGAAUUAUUGACAUUGUCAUCACUAUGAAUGUGUGUUUUUUUUUUCAUUUAUGAUUCAUUCAUGUUGCCAUGCGUGCGCCUAACAUGUGCCGUCACGUUACAAUGUUGAUGUAGAAACCAAAUGCUUUGAAUUGCCAUGUUGCCUUACUCUCAGAAUGUGUCUGCUGAACAGAGGGGUGAAAUGAUUAUUGAUUGUGCGGAGUGGACAGUGUGGAGUGGACAGACAGAACUUCACCCCUCUGCAACCACAAACACAAAAAGCUCUGCUCUUUCAAACUCUGUGUUAGUUAUUUAGAGCUAUAUCAAGAUUAGUCCAGUUUCUAUGGAGCGAAGAAGAUUUGCAAGAGAGCUGAAUGACUACUAUAUAAUGUCUACUUCAACAGUGUUUUUGUCCUGAAAUAAAUAAACGCAGCAGCCCACCACA